AUGGGCAGCCUUUCGCAGAGCAGCCAGCGCGCGUCUUUCUGGCAGGAGUACCUUACCGACGCGGAAUCAUGCAUAUUCCCAACCCUCAUCGAGCAGUCCGCCAAGCCCACGCACUCUCAGCGGCGGACCAAAACCAUUGACGCCUCUUCGUUCAAUCACUUAGCGCACGAUGUUGGCAUUGCCGAAUUGUGUGUCGCAGCCUGGGCCAUCCUACUUGGCCGCUAUCUGGCUGCAGAUCACGUGUGCUUUGGCCUCACCUUUGACCGUGCAGGCACCCGGCAGUACUCGGCGUGUCGCAUGCCGCUCCCAGAGGAUAAGCCGCUCUCCUCAAUAUUGACCCAAACGAGAAAGUCGCUUGAAUCACAUCUUUCUUUCUCAUUCCAGUCCAUUUCUGAGUUCCAGUCCGUUGUCGGCCCGGAAAACCAACUAUUCAACACCUCCGUCCGCCUUGACCAUGGUGACUCGGGAUAUCCGUCUGAAAGUCGGACUGCAGAACCCGCCAUCACAUUGGCCAUCCGGCAGUCAACGAGCGGCGCACAAACUACCCUGGAAUAUUCUUCCUCGGUGUUUUCAGACAAAGCCGCUGCUCUUGUAGCAGCAACCUACCGCAAAAUCCUCCUGGAGCUGUCCGAAUCCAUCGAGACUCCGCUGCAUCAGCUGUCGAUUUUGAGUGGCGAAGACUUGGAGGCCAUGUCGGCGUGGAACGAGAAAUGUCCCGAGGCGGUAGACGCUUGCGUGCACGACAUUUUCCGCCGCCACGUCAUUCUGCACCCAGAAGCACCUGCAGUAUGCGCAUCCGACGCUUCGUUCACGUACAAGGAGCUUGAUAUUCUCAGCAACACGCUCGCCCAUUUUCUGGUGGCCAACGGCGUGGGCCCCGAGGUGGUUGUCCCGCUGUGCUUUGAGAAGUCGGCGUGGGCAACUGUCGCAAUGCUUGCCGUCGCCAAGGCUGGCGGCGCCUUCACUUUCCUGGAUUCUUCGUACCCCAUGAGCCGUCUCGAGGACAUCGCACAACAGGUAAAUGCUCAGUUCCUGCUCGCAUCAUCCUCGAAUAUUUCCAUGUGGGUCGGCCGCCUUGCUGCCUUUGAGGUCAGCUGCGCGACGGUCGAAGCGCUCCCAAGGCAAGAGCUGCCUCCCGUGACUUCAGUCACGCCGCACAAUCUCCUUUACCUCAUCUUCACGUCCGGAUCCACGGGCAAGCCGAAGGGAGUGCAGGUCGAGCACUCGGCCUAUCUCAGCUGUGCCCUGCACCAGAGCCGUGUGUGCUGCAUGGAUUCGUCCAGCCGUGUCCUGCAGUUUGCGUCUUACAGCUUCGAUGUCAGCAUCCUGGAGAAUUUCACCACCCUUGUCGUCGGCGGUUGCAUUUGCGUUCCCGACGAACAGUCCCGGAGCAAAGGCAUUGGCAGCAUGAUGAACGAGUUCAAGGUGACGUGGGCGUUCCUGACGCCUUCCCUAGUAAAGCUGAUCGGACCUCGUGACGUGCCGCAUCUCGAGACGCUGGUUCUCGGCGGCGAAGCUGUGACCAAGGCAGACGUCGAAACGUGGGCGGGCAAGAUCAAAAACUUCCAGAACGGCUACGGGCCCACCGAAUGCUCCAUAGCCUCGGCAAUCAACCCCAGCGUCGGACCGCACACCGACGCAGCCAACAUUGGAUGGCCAGUUGGUGGACUUCUCUGGGUGGUUGAUGCCCAGGAUCACCACCGCCUGGUGCCCGUCGGCGGAAUGGGCGAGCUCGCCAUCGAGGGCCCCCACCUCGCCAGAGGCUACCUCAACGACCCCGAAAAGACCGCUUCUGCCUUUAUUGAUAAUCCCGAAUGGAUGGCCGGGUUCGCCGAGUCUCGCAAACGGAGGAUAUACCUGACGGGCGAUCUUGUUCGCUGCAACCCGGAUGGCUCUAUCCACUUUAUCGGCCGCAAGGACACGCAGGUUAAAGUCCGAGGCUUGAGGAUAGAGCUCGGCGAAAUCGAGCAUCACAUCUCGGUUGAUCCUCUCGUCCGCCUGGGUGUGGUACUGGCGCCCACUGCCGGCGCCUGCAAGAAGCGCCUCGUCACUGUUCUCUCCACGGCCGAGUCCAUUCAAUCGAGCUCUUCUGGGGAUGUCAAAGUUCUCGACCCCAGCUCGAUUGAAGUCAAGAACAAUGUUCAGCAAAUUCAACAACGCCUAGAAUCCAAAGUCCCAGGCUACAUGGUGCCAUCGUCGUGGAUCGUUGUCGAAUCUUUCCCCCUGACGCCGUCCGGCAAGAUCGACCGCGUCAGAGUGAAGAGGUGGCUCGAGAGCAUGGACACGGAGGCUCUAAAAGAAUGCGAGUGCCUGCUCGAGGAAGAACCCGAGACUGCGCAGGAAGCUGUGGAGAAUGCCGGAGACGUCGAGGAGAAGCUCCGAACAGUCAUCGGAUACGUUCUGAACCUGCCUCUGGACUCUGUUUCGCCUAACAGAAGCUUUGUCAAUCUUGGAGGAGAUUCAAUCUCGGCAAUGCAAGUCAUGACGCAGUGCAAAGCUGAGAACAUGGCCAUCAAGAUCAAGGAUGUCCUCCGCUGCAAGUCCAUCACCGAGCUCGCUACUACCGUUACUAUCACGGAGCGUCGGGCUAUUGCUGUGCAAGAAGAGUUCGACACUCCAUUUGAUCUCUCGCCAAUCCAACAGCUCUACUUCCAGUUACAGCCGGAGGGCUCUCAAAAAGGUGGCGCCAAUCGAUUUAACCAGAGUUUCCUCCUCCGUCUCGCACGCUCUAUAUCUGCGGACACUAUCUCUGCAGCACUGGAUGUUAUUGUGCAAAGGCAUUCCAUGCUUCGGGCCCGCUUCGUCAAGUCGGAGUCCGGAAAGUGGAUGCAAACGAUCCCACGAGACACAGAAGGCUCGUACCAGUUCGAAGAGAGCUCGGUGGCCGGCCCCGAAGACCUGGAACGUCUUCUGCUCAAAAGUCACGCCAACAUCGACAUGAUUGACGGCCCCGUUUUCAUUGUCGAUCUCAUUAACGGACCGGAAGGGCAGGCGCUGUCGCUGAUUGCUCACCACGCAAUCAUCGACCUCGUCUCGUGGCGUGUCAUCAUGCAGGAGUUGGAGGAGCUUGUGGAAAUGGGCGAGCUGUCAGCAACGCGGGAGAAACCGCUGCCUUGGCAAGCGUGGUGCCGGCUCCAGGCAGACUAUGCCCGCAAAAACCUCCCUCCUCACAUUGCCUUCCCGGAUAGCAUUGCUCCGUCUGACCUGGAAUAUUGGGGAAUGACAGACAGCGACAACAGGAUUAGCGACACCAUGCGGGUGUGCUUCAAGCUGGAUGCGGCUGCUACAUCUUCCUUGACUGGGCCCGAGUGUCACCGCGCACUGAAGACGGAGCCCAUUGAUCUCUUCCUUUCUGCGCUGAUCUAUUCGUUCAGCCGUACAUUCAAGGAUCGAGGAACCCCCACCAUUUUUAGGGAAAGCCACGGCCGUCAAGGCUGGGACGACGACAUGGACAUCUCCUCGGUCGUCGGGUGGUUCACAAGCAUGUACCCUGUCCAUGUCGACGCUCAAGCAGAUUUCGUCGACGUUGUCAAGCGCGUCAAGGACAGCCAACGGCGUGUUCCCCGUAGCGGAUGGCCGUACUUUGCCUCGCGCUACAACCACCCGGAAGGCAUCAAGCAAUUCGGCUCGCAGGUCACUGCCGAGAUGCAAUUCGACUACCUUGGUCUCUACCAGCAGCUGGAAAGGGAGGGUGCAUUGUUCGAGCAGCAGCAGCUGAUUGUCCCGGACGUUGGGCCCGACUUCAAGCGGUUUGCGCUCUUUGAGAUCACUGCCGAGAUAAUCCGUGGCGAGUUCCAACUGACGUUUGAGUUUAAUGCGCACAUGAAGCAUCAGGAUGCAAUCAGCGACUGGAUCCAGGAAUGCGAACGCUCCCUCCGCAUGGCUGCCGACCAGCUCUCCCGCAUCAGCGCAACCCAGUACACUCUGAGCGACUUCCCCCUUCUCCCCACAAACUACGACGGCCUCGAAGAGCUCGUCACCAAGACGCUCCCGGGACUUGAUAUUUCCGCUGACAACGUGGAAGAUGUAUACCCGGUUUCUCCCAUGCAGACUGGCCUUCUUUUGAGUCAGGCCAAAUCUCAGGGCCUGUACCAGUACUUCAGCGUUUUCCGAGUCGAAGCACUCUCUGCCUUCGAAUCGGUAGACUCGUCCCGCCUGAUCGACGCUUGGCAAAGCCUUGUUGAGCGCCACGCAUCCCUGCGCACCAUCUUCGCCCCGGCCGUGACGAAGGGAGAUGCCUUCAACCAGAUUGUGCUCAAGAAAGCCGACGUCCGUGUCUCUCGGAUCUGCUGCUCGCAGAACGAGGUGCAUUCUAUUCUCAACGAGCACAUGCACAUUCCAUUCCAAGACGCCCGCCCGCCGCACAAGCUGACCAUCUGCGAGGUUGCUGAUGGAGAGGUGUUUGCCAGGAUCGACAUCAACCACGCCCUCGUUGACGGCUCGUCGGUCCCAGCACUGGUCCGUGAUUUCACGUUGCUGUACGACGGACGCGUGUCACUCCCGAAGGCACCUCUCUUUAGCGAAUACAUUGCGUACCUCGACACCUGCGACCUUCAGAAUAGCCUUCGCUACUGGGUCGAAUACUUGGAUGGCGUUGAGCCGUGCUACUUCCCAGCCCUAGACGACGGGGUCUCGCAGGACAGCAGCAUCAGGACGGUGCACGUGGAGCACCAGGUCACUACAAAGGCGUUGAACCAGCUCUGCCAGGCACGGAACAUCACGCUGCCCACUCUCUUCAAAGCCGUGUGGGCACUUGUCCUCCAGGCGUACACGGGCUCACGCCAGGUGUGCUUCGGCUACCUCGUGUCCGGGCGGGACAUCCCAAUCGACAACAUCGACAGCGCAAUCGGCGCCUUCAUCAACAUGCUGGUGUGCCGCGUGGACCUAGCCGAUGCUGUUGGGUCUGUCCUCGACAAGAUCCAGGAGGACUCGGUGACCAGCCUUCAGCACCAGCACUGCUCGCUGGCCGACAUGCAGCACGGCCUCAGCUCCGAGCUGUCGGCGCAGCCGCUGUUCAAUUCCGCCGUCAACUUCCAAAUGGUGCCGGCCCCCGAGGCGUUGGAUUCGUCUGUCGCGUUCACAUUCAGCCACCACUACGACCCCACCGAGUACAGCAUUGCCGUUGACAUUGCUGUAUCGGGCGAGAGUGUGGACAUUUCGCUCGUCCAUACCGCAACUUCCCUCUGCAGCGCCCAGGCCAAGAAUGUCGCAAGCACCUUUGCUACAGCUCUCGACCUCGUGCUGAAGACGCCCGCGGAAAGUCAAGCGGCCGAGAUGCACCUGCUCAGCGACCGUGAUCAUGACCAGAUCUGGAGUUGGAACCGCUCCGUGCCUCCGAAGUCGGCCUGGACCGCCGUGGCGCUGCUCGCCGUGUUGAAGGCUGGCGGUGCAUUUGUUCUGCUGGACCCCGCCCACGGAUCGAGUCGGAUGGAGACGAUCAUCGAGGAUGUGGACGCCCGCAUCCUGCUCUGCUCCCGCACCCACGCCGACUUGCUGACCGACGAGGUGGAUUCCGUUGUCAUUGUUGACCAGGAGAGCCUCGACCAGAUCAACACGGCCAGGUGCUGCAACCCGGCCAAGCGUGAGGGCAAACAGCCCACGCCCUCUGAUCCGGCAUACGUCAUCUUCACGUCGGGCUCGACAGGCAAGCCCAAGGGCAGCUACACGCCUCACUACGGCUUUGCCACGAGUGCUGCGGGCCACGGCAAGAGCUUUGACGCAUGCCUGAUGGAAAUGCUGACGACGCUCAUGUUCGGCGGCCAAGUGCCAACGCUCGAAACUCUUGUCAUGGGCGGCGAAGCCAUGUCCAAGGCCGACAUUCAGCGCUGGAACGGCCACGCCACGCUGCACAACGGGUACGGUCCGUCCGAGUGCGGUGUCGCUGCCGCUUGGAACGAGGCCGUCGGCGACGACCCUACAAACAUUGGCAAGUCGGUCGGCGGCGUCUGCUGGAUCGUCGACCCGCAGGACCACCGCCGUCUCCUGCCCAUCGGCUCCAUUGUCUUCGUCCCAAUGCCCGAGUGGCUGGCCAGCCAGAGACCUGCACAGCACUCGACGCGCCGACUGUACAAGACGGGCGAUCUUGUGCGGUAUAACUCGGACGGCAGCAUGGCUUUUGUCGGCCGCAAGGACACGCAAGCCAAAUUCCACGGCCAGCGCAUCGAGUUCGGCGAGAUUGAGCACCACGUGCUCUCACGCGCCGACUUCACGGGCGCAGUUGCGGUCGAGAUCGUCAAGCCCACUGCCCGCCAGGGAAAGCAGACGCUGGUUGCUUUCUUCGAGACAGAGAACGACGCCGCCACCGACAGCAUAUUCCUCGACAUUUCUGACGACCUGGCUGUGCGGCUCUCGGCGCUGCAGGACGGCCUCACAGCCGUGCUCCCGCCGUACAUGCUGGACCGCAAGGCCAUGCGCGAGAGGGCCGAGCAGCUGCCCGCAUCGCAGCUGAACCGCUAUGCGCUCCUGGCCUCGACCAAGCGCGCCCCACGCACCGAGCAGGAGCGCAAACUGCAGGCCGCCUUCUUCCGGUACGGCCUCGUGCUGACGGUGGCCGACAUCUUCAACCAGCCCCGCCUGUGCGACAUGGCUGCGGCGGCCAAGGAGGUCGUCGAGUCGAGCACCGAAGAGCCGGGCGUCGCUCCAUUUGCGCUCUUUGAGGACGACGAGGGCGUGGACGACCUCGUGGAAGAGGUGGCUGCUCAGUGCGGCGUGGGCAAGGAGCUGCAGGGCGCAUACAUGGGCCAGAGCGUUUUUGUGCUGCCGCCGUCGCUGGACACUGCGAGAUUCAAGCGCGCGUGGGAGAGCGUGUUCCGGCAGAAUCCCAUCCUCCGCACCAGGAUUGUCAAUGUCGAGACGGCAGGAACGCUGCAACAGUACCUGAAAGACGACCUCCAGGCGGCGACACACUUCGUGUGGACGGCGCACCACUCGCUGUUCGACGGGUGGAGCCAGGGCCUCAUCUUCGAGCAGCUGGAGCAGGCCUACCGCGGCAAUCCGGUGCCCGAGCUGGCGCCAUUCAGCAGCUUCAUCCGCUACCUGACCUCCAGCGACAACGCCGCGUGCGAAGAGUUCUGGAGCGCACAGCUCGCCGGCGAGACGCCCGCAACGUUCCCGCAGCUGCCUUCCAGCACCUUCACCCCACGCGCCGACGGCCGCCACGAGCGCACCAUCGACCUGGCCCGGGACUCGGGUUCGGACAUCAUGACGUCGACCAUCAUCCGCGCGGCGUGGGCGCUGCUUCUCGGGCGCUACACCGACUCGGAGGACGUCGUGUUCGGGGCCACCAUGUCUGGCCGCAACGCCCCGGUGCAUCUCAACCGCGAGCAGCCCAUCUCUGAGAUGCUCGAGGCGAUGCAGAACCAGGCCACCGACAUGAUCCCGCACGAGCACUGGGGCCUCCAGAACAUCGCCCAGCCCUCGCGCGACGGCCAGUCUCUGCUGGGCAUGGAAGUCGUCCCGACGGACGAAGACGACUUCAACACGUACGCGCUGUGCACCGAGUGCAUUCUGGCCGGGGACAAGGCGGAGCAGCUCGCGGUGCACUUCGAGCACGUCAUGAGGCAGCUUGCCGACCGCGUGCACGACGAUGCCCCGAUCAGCAGCCUGGACUACUGCAGCCCCGAGGACCGCGUCCGCAUCUUCGACUGGAACAGGAACUACCCGCGCGUCGUGCCCCACUGCAUCCACGACCUCGUCCAGCGGCAGGCGCGGAACACGCCCAAUGCCUCGGCCGUCUGCUCGUGGGACACCAACUUCACCUACGCCGAGCUGGACAUUAUGUCGACGAGGCUGGCCAAGUACCUCGUCAACCUUGGCGUCAAGCCCGAAAAGGUGCUUGCCAUCCUGAAGGCCGGCGGCGCCAUGUGCAUGCUCGACCCGUCGCACCCCGAGAAGCGCCUCGAAGACAUCCUGGAAACGGCUCCGGACCGGACCAUUCUCGUCGUCAAUGCCGGGACCAUGGACGCCAUUUCCAAAUCCCGCCCGAUCGCGCUGCCUAGAGUCGACUCUAAGACAGCAGCCUACGUCGCGUUUGCGUCGCAGUCGUCGUCGCUCGCUCCCGCCAUGCACAUUUCGGCGUCAUCACGCGUGCUGCAGUACUCGGCGUACAGCUUCGACCCGUACAUUCUGGAGACAUUCACCACCCUGAUGCAAGGCGGUUGCGUGUGCAUUGUCAAGGACGAAGCACGCACCAACCCCGCCGCACUGGUUGACACCAUCUGCUCCAUGGGCAACGGCGUCCCCAGCCUCAAGACGCUCGUGCUCGGUGGCGAGGCCAUGGCGAGCAGCGACAGGGCGUGGUCGAACGUUGUGCGGCUGCAGAACGCCUACGGCCCGUCCGAGUGCUCCGUGGCGUCCGUCCUCAACCCGCACGUCACCGCCACCUCUGAGCAUGCCUGCAUCGGCAAGGGCGUGGGCAGCAUCUGCUGGAUCGUCGACCCGCACAACCACAACGCGCUGGCGCCCGUUGGCUGCGUUGGCGAGCUGCUGCUGGAGUCGCCCGGCCUCUCGCGCGGAUAUCUCAAGGAACCGAAGAAGACGGCCGACGUCUUCAUCGACAGCCCUGCCUGGCUGCGCAACAUCCGGGGCGGCAGCCGCCUGUACAAGACCGGCGACCUCGUGCGCUACAACCCGGCCGAUGGCACCGUUCACUUCGUCGGGCGCAAGGACCUGCAGGUCAAGCUCCACGGCCAGCGCCUGGAACUGGGCGAGAUCGAGCACCACACGGCAGCCCACAGCCUCGUGGGCAACGCAGCCGUCACGCUCCCCAAGGCCGGCUUCUUCAAGGGCAAGCUGGUGGCCACCAUCACGCUCAAGUCGCUCGCUGCGCCGGCGGCCAGCGACAUGGAGCUGGAGCUGAUCGACUCGCUCAGCAAAGCCACGGCCGGGCGGCAGCUGGCCGACGUGCGCAGCCACCUGGAGAACCAGGUGCCGGCGUACAUGAUCAACAAGCGCAAGAUCACGGCGUGGCUGGAGAACAUGUCGCAGGAGACGUGCGACCAGGUCAUGCGCCUCAGCGCUUCCGAGGAACAGCGCAGCACCCCGGCCACGCCCAUGGAGCUGCGCCUGCAGGAGAUCAUCGGGCGUGUGCUGAACCUGGCCACCGACCAGGUCCUCCUCAACCGCUCGUUCCUCGGGCUCGGCGGCGACUCGAUCACGGCCAUGCAAGUCGUGGCCCGAUGCCGCUCCGCGAACAUCGCCGUCAAGAUAAAGGACAUCAUGCAGACCAAGAGCCUCGCCCAGCUCGCCGAGUGCGCGUCCGACUCGGGCAGCGACACGAAGUCCUUUGCGAAGGAGUCGGCCGGCACGGCCUUCGACCUCACGCCCAUCCAGAAGCUUUACUUCGCGGCCGGCCUGGGAGACUCGACGCCGAGAAAGUCCGCAACGGGAUCUUACCACUUCAACCAGAGCAGCCUCCUGCAGCUCAAGAACAAGGUCGCAGAUGUCGCCCUCGCCAAGGCGGUCGAGGCCAUUGUUGGACAUCACUCGAUGCUGCGGGCCCGCUUCCGCAAGACCGACGGCGCGUGGACCCAACUCAUCCGCUCCGAGGUCGCAGGCAGCUAUCGCUUCCAGAACCACACUGUCGACUCCUUUGCGGAUGUUCCCGCCAUCAUGGCGGCAGGCCAGCGCCGCCUCGACCCCUACAACGGCGCCGUAUUCUCUGUUGACUCAAUCAAGCUGGCGUCCGGCGAGCACCUGCUGUUCCUGGCAGCGCACCACCUGGUCAUCGACCUGGUCUCGUGGCGCAUCCUGCUGCAGGACCUGGAGGAGUUCAUCGGCACCGGGAAGCUUUUCACCAAGGACCCCCUCUCGUUCCAGACGUGGAGCAAGCUGCAGGCCGACUAUGUUCCCAAGAACGUGGUUCCGCAAAAGGCCCUUCCGUUUGACGUCCCGCAGGCUGACUACCGCUACUGGGGCCUGGAGACGCACCCCAACGCCUUCGCCGACACUGUCGACGUCGGCUUCACCCUCGACGCCAAAUCCACGUCAGAACUGCUUGGCAAGUGCAACGACGCAUUGGGAACGGAACCGAUGGACCUGUUCAUCUCGGCGCUGCUCGAGUCCUUCUCGAGGACGUUCCAAGACAGAGGACUCCCGCCCAUCUACUCCGAAGGCCACGGCCUCUACGUGCCGCUUCAAGCUGGCGCCACGGUUGCCGAUGCCGUCCGCCGGACCAAGGACGCCCGCCGCGCAAUCACGGACAACGGCUGGGCUUACUUUGCAUCCCGUUUCCUGUCAGCCGAGGGCGAAGCUGCAUUCAAGAAGCACUGGCCCAUGGAAAUCAUGUUCAACUACCUGGGCCUUUACCAGCAGCUGGAGCGUGACGAUGCGCUCUUGCAGCAAGUCUCGCUGCCAUCGGCGGAAGAAGGGAUCCUCGACGUUGGUGCCCAAGGCAGGCGCAUGGCGCUGUUUGAGAUCUCUGCCGAGGUCAGCGGCGGCAAGGCAACCUUCACCUUCACCUACAACAGACACACGACUCGGGAUGCCGGCGUGCGCCAGUGGAUCUCUGCAUACGAGCAGUCGCUCAUGGCCGCUGUGAACGAACUCUCGGUCAUGGAGCCGGCGAGAACGCUCAGCGAUUUCCCUCUCGUGCCCCUUGGCAUUGACGAGGUCUCUGACAUCUACCCGUGCUCUCCGAUGCAGCAGGGCAUCCUCAUCAGCCAAUCGCUGUCUCCCGACAACUACAAGAACGUGUUCCUCUUCUCCGUCUCAUCGCAGGGAUCGGCGGACGUGGACCUCGUCAAACUCCAGACGGCGUGGCAGAAGCUUGUCGCGCGGCACUCGACGCUCCGGACCGUCUUCGUCGACAGCGUGUCCGGCCAAGGCGUCGAGGACGACGCUCUCGCCACGCUGCUGAAUCUCCCGGCGGUCAAGUACGGGCAGAACGAGCCGGCGCACCGGCUGGCCUUCUGCAAGACGGAGACGAGCAUCUACAUGAAGCUGGAGAUCAGCCACGCCCUCAUCGACGGCAGCUCCCUGCCGGUCCUGCUGCGCGAUCUCACGCUGGCCUACGAGGGCAAGCUGUCGCUGAACGAAGCGAAGCCUCCGCUGUACCGAGACUACGUCGCCUACAUCAACGGAUUGGAUGCGAAUGCGUCCCUCGACUACUGGAAGCACGAGCUGCACGACGUCGAGGCCAUCCACAUGACGCUGGACGCGGAAGAAGCCAAGCCCAUCUCCAGCUUCUGCCGCGCGCACGGCCUGACGCCCGCGAACCUGUUCCAGGUGGCGUGGGCGCUCGUGCUGCGUGCCUACACGGGCAUGGACCGCGUCUGCUUCGGCUACCUGACGUCGGGCCGCGACGCGCCAGUGGCCAAUAUCGAACACAUGAUCGGGGCCGUGUGCAACAUGCUGGUGGUCGCCAUGGACAUGGACAAGUCCAAGACGAUCAAGGCGCUGCUCGAGGGCGCGCAGGAGGGAUGGACUGACAGCCUGCAGCACCAGUUCACGUCGCUCGCCGACAUCCAGCACCACCAGGGCACCGCCGGCCAGGCGCUGUUCAACACGGGCAUGUCUUUCCGCUCCGAGUCCAAGGAGCAGGCCGACAGCAGCAGCAGCAGCAGCAGCCUCAGCUUCGACGCCAUCGAUGGCCACGACCCGUCCGAGUACGACGUCACGCUCAACGUCUGGGGCACGCCGUCGCAGUUUCUGGUGUCGUUCAACUACCGUCUGUCCUGCAUGGCGCCCGACCAGGCCCAGCACGUCGCCGCCGCCUUCACUCGCGCCCUCGGCGCCAUCGUGGCCGGGGCUGACACUACUACGCUCGAAGACUGGCGGCUGGUCAGCGAGUCCGACAUGGACACGCCGGCCCCCACCCUCCUUCUUCCUCCCACACCCGAGUCCCUCGUGCACGACAUGAUCGACCAGCACGUCCAGUCGCGGCCCGAUGACGCCGCCGUGUGCGCCUGGGACGGCGAACUCUCGUACCGGCAGCUCGACGGUCUGGCCAACAGACUGGCCAACCACCUCGCAGCCCUUGGCGUCGGGCCGGAAGUCCUUGUGCCAGUGUGCAUGGAGAAGAGCGCCUGGGUGCCCGUGGCGCUGCUCGCAGUGCUCAAGGCUGGCGGCGCGUUCGUACCCAUGGACGCGACGCAGACGGGCCGGUUCCAGGCCAUCAUUGAGCAGGUGGGCGCCCAGGUGGUGCUCACAUCCGCCGCCCAGGCUCCGCGCAUGGCAGCGCUGGGAGAGCACAGGGUGGUUGUUGUGGAUGAGGCGCUAUUAUCGCACGGCAUGCCGACGCUGGGCCUGGCGCCGCCGCCCCGGCGGACCGGCCCUGCGAGCGCGGCGUACGUGCUCUUCACGUCCGGGUCGACCGGUGUGCCCAAGGGCGUGGUCAUCGAGCACCGCGCGUGGUGCGCAAGCGCCGAGGGCCAGCGCGAGGCGUGGGGGCUGGCGCCGUCGACGCGCAUGCUGCAGUUCGCAUCCUACAGCUUCGAUGCGGCCAUGGGCGAGCUGCUGUCGACACUGAUGUUUGGCGGCUGCGUGUGCAUCCCGUCCGAGGACGAGCGGCUGGGCGGCAUCGAGGCGGCGAUCCGGCGCAUGCGCGUCAACGUCACGAUCUUCACGCCGUCGUUCAUCCGCGUGCUGGACCCGGCGCGCAUGCCCGGGGUGCACACCAUGGUGCUCGGCGGCGAGUCGACGCCGAAGGAGGAGAUCAGGAAGUGGAGCGGGAAGGUCAGGUUGAUUCCGGCGUACGGGCCGACCGAGUGCUCGCUGGUCAGCAGCUCGGUGAUGGACUUGACGGUGGACACGGAGAGCAGCAACAUCGGGGUUACUAACGUAGCAGCGUACUGGAUCGUCGAUCCGAACGACCACAACACUCUUGCGCCCAUGGGCGCCAUCGGCGAGCUCCUCAUCGAAGGCCCCAUCCUCGCACGCGGCUAUCUCAACAACCCCACGCAGACGGCCGCCGCCUUUAUUGCGGACCCUGCAUGGGCGCGCCGCGAGCCGGGCCAGCCGCCCCGUCGCAUGUACAAGACGGGCGACCUGGCGCAGCGCAACGCCAACGGAUCGUACCGCUACGUUGGCCGCAAGGACACGCAGGUCAAGCUACGUGGGCAGCGCAUCGAGCUCGGCGAGGUCGAGCACCACGUCAAGAAGGCGCUCAGCAACCCAUCUCUCGACGCGGCCGCCGAGGUGCUCAGGUUCGCCAACGACGCCCGGCUGACUGCCUUCAUCGCUCUGGGCGACGGAUACGACGGCGACGAGGCCGCUGGAACAGUGUCUCCGGCCACGAAGGCGAGUUUGCGAGCUGCCGUGGCGGGAGUCGGCGCCAGAAUGACGGAGAGCGUGCCCCGGUACAUGAUUCCGACGCUCUUCAUCCCGCUGCGUACCAUUCCGCUGUCGCCCUCGUGCAAGACAGACCGCAAGCGGCUGCGCGCCAUGGCCGAGGCGUACCUGACGCACAACAACAGCACGGGCAACGACAACGACGCGCCCGCAACGCCGAGCCAAGGUUCGGCCAUGGAGCAGCGGAUGCGCGAGCUCUGGGCUUCGGUGCUCAACGUCUCGGCCACGCAGAUCGGCGCCGACGACGGCUUCUUCGCGCACGGCGGCGACUCGAUCCUGGCCAUCAAGCUGGUGGCCGCGUGCCGGGCCCAGGGUCUCACCCUCUCCGUCGCCGACGUGCUGCGCAGCACCAGCCUCGCGGGCCUGUGCCAGUGCCUCGUCGACGAGCAGCCCGUCCAAGAAGCGGCGGCGAAGUACGAGCCCUUCUCCUCGCUGCCGGCCGCGCUCGCCACCGACGACUUCCUCGAGCAGGUCGUGUGCCCAGCAGUGCGCACCCCGCGCGCCAAUAUCGCCGACGUGCUCGAGGCGACGGACAUGCAGGCCGGCUUCGUCGCCACGGGGCUCCUCAAGACGCGCGGCAACACAAACUACUUCCUCUUCCAGCUCUCGGGCGGCCAGAUGGACGCCGGACGCCUCGAGGCCGCGUGCAGGCGUCUCGUCGCUCACCACCCCAUCCUGCGCACCGCCUUCGUCGCCCACGCGCGCCGCCUGUGGCAGGUCGUGCUGCACAGCACCGAGCCCGAAUUCCGCAGGCACAGGUGCGCCAAGUGGCGGCAGAUGCACCUGGCGGCCGAGCUGGUCAAGACGGACCGCGCGGAGCCGGCGAGCCUGGGCGACCAGCUCGUGCGGUUCUGGCACCUGGACAGCGGGAACAAUAAUCAGGGCUUGCUCGUGAUGCGUGUGUCGCACGCGCAGUACGACGGCGUGUCCAUGCCGGUCCUGGUCGACGACCUGGCCGCGCUGUACGAGCAGCUGGGCGAGGAGGGCGCGGGCGCUCCUCCGCAGCUGCUGCCCGCGCGCCCCGUCUUCGCCGAGUUCGCGAACUCGGUGCGGAAGAUGAAUGAGAAGGGAGAGGCCGAGGAGUACUGGUUCAACCUGCUGGACGGCGCGACCAUGACCAACGUCGUGUCGCACAAGAGCCCGCCGUACGCGCACACCAAGCUGCGGUCCAUGGCCCGCGAGAUCGCCCUCCCGCGGCUCAACGGCGCCACGACGUUCGCGACGGUGCUCAAGGCCGCGUGGGCGCUGGUGCUGGCGCGUGCCGCUGCAACCACCGACGUCGUCUUCGGCCACCUCGUGUCGGGGCGCAACAUGGCGCUGCCGGGCGGCGGCGCCGUCGACGAGGUGCUGGGCCCGUGUCUGAACCUGAUCCCGGUGCGCGUGCGGCUGCAGCAGGAACAGGACGACAACAACACGGCAGCAGCAGACCUCCUCCGCCAGGUCUACGACCAGCACCUCGCCGCCAUCCCUUACCACGAGACGCUCGGCUUCCCGACCAUCGUCGAGCGCUGCACCGCCUGGCCGCUGUGGACGCGCUUCAGCACCGUCGUGCAGCACCAGAACCUCGACGGCGUCGAGGACGCGCUGAAGAAGUUCCGCUUCGGCGACUCGACGUGCAAGUUCGGCGCCUUUCCCGGCCAGGCCGACCAGGUCGACAUCCUGGUGCUGUCGAUGCCACGCCAAGGCACACGUAACGUCGAGGUCUCGCUGAACUUCUCCGACAAGGUCGUCGAGCCCCAGCUCGCGGCCGAGCUCCUCGACGAGCUGGUCGCUAACAUCGCGCUGUUGACUGACAACGACGACGCUGCUACUGCUCUGCUGCCUCCUGCUUCUUCUUACGCCCGCCUGGCCCCGCAGAUCCCCGUCCUCGCCCGCUGCGCCCGCGACGCCGACGGCAACCUCUUGCCGGGCGCCGGCGUCAAGGGCGGGGCCGCGGCUGCGGCCAGCGGCAGGCGUCUCGCCGACGUCGCCGGUGACCAAGUGCAGGCGCUGGUGCGGCGCGCGUGGGAGGACGUACUACUAGCUACUCCUUCCUCUGACUCAGCAGACUCAGAAGAAGAGCCCGUUGUUGACGAGACCACGACGUGCUGGUACAACGUGUGGGGCAGCAUGGUCGCGGCGGCGCAGCUGGCCGAGUGGUAUAAUACCCGGGCGCUGCCGGAGGGCGUCGAGGUCGUCACCAUGGAGGAUGUUAUUGAGUGCCCGACGAUGGUGGGGCAGGCGGGGAUGCUGGAGGAGAAGAUGAUGAUGGCGGCGUCGAGGAGGAAUAAGGGCGCGGCGGGUGCGGGGAAGGGGAAGAGGGGGUCGUCGGUUGGUGCGGUGGUGAAGAAGAAGGGGGGGAUGAGCGAGGAGAUUAUUGGUGAGGAGGAGAAGAAGAUUAUUGGGGUGCCGCAGCAGCAGCAGCAGCAGGGAACGAAGUUGAUGAGUUGGGCGAGGGCGAAGACGGCGAGGUUUUCGGUCAUCGGAUCAGUGACGAAGAAGUCGACUGUUGUGGCGUCGUCGUGA